CUGCAGGAUGCGUCUCUGCCCUGCUGCCCCCCUCCAGCGCUGCCCCUUCAUGGUCCGUGCCCGGUUCAAAGCCUGGCUUGCCACCAGCCCCAUCUAGCCUCAUGCAGGAGGCCUUUGGAGGACACAGAGCCGCGGACAGGAAGGUGAAGAGCCUCCUCAUGUCAUGUCUGAAGGGGCAGCAGGUCAUCAUCAAAAUGGAGGCCAUGAAGAUCAUCCACCCUGAAAAGUUCUCGGAGCUGCAGAGCUCCCAGUCGCGCUAUGUCCCGGCCCCACGCCGGGACCCUCCCCUGGUUGCCAAGCGGGCCUGGCCCUCCGAUUCCGAGAUCAUCGUUAACCAGGCCUGUGGCGAUAUCCCAGCCUUAGACCACAACCCGGGGUCUCUGGGGCUGUCCCGGACCCCGCCCCUGCCCCGGCGAGAGCGGCUGUAUCCAGGGCAGCGCAAGGGCAGCUCCGACCUCUGCUUCCACCGCCAAGCCCCGGCCUCGGACGAGGUGAUCAUCAACCAGUACGUGCUGCACCCCUCCACUCCCUCCGAGCCCCUGGAGUGCCCCACCUGCGGCCACACCUACAACUUCACCAACAAACGCCCGCGCAUCCUCUCCUGCCUGCACUCAGUGUGCGAGGAAUGCCUGCAGAUCCUCUACGAGUCCUGCCCCAAGUACAAGUUCAUCUCCUGCCCCACAUGCAAGAGGGAGACGGUGCUCUUCACCGACUAUGGGUUGGCCGCCCUGGCGGUCAACACCAGCAUCCUCAACAGGCUGCCGGCAGAAGCGCUCUCGGCCAACCAGGCGCAGUGGAGUGGCGAGACCGACCGCAGCUGCUAUCAGACUUUCCGCCAAUACUGUGGGGCAGCCUGCACCUGCCACGUCCGGAACCCGCUCUCUUCAUGCGCCAUCAUGUAAGCUGCGUGUCCGCCCCUGCCCCGCUCUGCCCACCAUCUCCCGCCGGCCUCGGCAGUGGGAUUGUGUGAGGGAGAAGAGGGUGGCUUCCUUCUGCAGGUCCUGGGAGAUGCCCGACCGACUGGUCCUCCGCGAUGAGCAACUAUUUGGCAGGGGACGCCCCUGAAGUUGGGACGGCUGCUGCUUGAAGGAGAGGAAGUAAUCUUGGGCAGUCACUCCUGGUCGGGAGGGCCUGCUCCUGGCUGGGGCUGUCAGAAGAGCCACCAGGAAGCAUUGUGGAGAUCCGACCGCCCACUGCCCUCCCCUUCCAUCCGCCCCGCCCCCUUCCUCUGCGCAUCCCGAGAGACCCCCAAGCCGUGCUUGGCUUGGCUACUCAAGGGCUGGAUGUGGCCUCUUUCCUUUCAACUGACGGCUCAGCCCCGGUGGGGGAGAACAGGGCGCUUGUUGGGGGAAAACGAGCCAAGGCAGGACCCUGGAACAAUACAGAGACGAUGCCAGGCGGGGCCUGUGCUGGAAAACACGGCAGACGCCAGUUUUAAGUUAUUUGCCAAAGCUUCUGAUUCCGUGGCCAAGUGUUGUUAAGUCCACUCCAUGCUGCCAACUGAAGUCUGGUGGCAAACAGGAAUUUCCUAAAGAAUCGCCCCGUUUUCCUGAUACAAAUCCUUAAGGGAAGCGGAAAACAAGUGUACAUUUUUAAUCCUCGUUUUGGAGGAAGCGUUCCUCAGCACUGUUUCAGAAAUGCAUCUUAUUUGGGCCCUUGCUGCCGAAUAAAAGGGACCGAGAGGGCAGUGAUCCCUGGGUCGCGUCUCCUGGGGCGGAGGGAAAGGGGUGCCCCCUGGCAACGGAGGCUCUGGCAAGCAGCAGCGCCCUCCCACCCAGGACACGGAAUCUCCUCCUAGGAAAAGGAAGGUCCUCUUUUCCCUCUAGGGCGACUUCGGGAGCGGACAGGGUAUGGCCACUCCCCAGCUAUAGCCGGGCCCUGAUAACAACCCUGGUGUCCUUCCGUCCGUGGAAAAGCCCCCCCCCCCAGCUGAAGGGGCAGAGAGAAGGCGGCCGAUCCCCAGAAUGCCAUGACAGUAUCAGGCUGGAGGGAAGAGGAUGCCCACUUCCUCUGGCGGAGGCUGGUCUGGGAGGAAGUGCCCACCUUACAAAACAUUCUGUGCCAAGCUAGAAAGGAAAAGCCAUAACUUGACCUGACUCCAACCUGCCCCCGAGAAAAGGGGCUUUCCUUAGUGACCCAUCUCUUGAGGUUCUGUGGGUCCGGGAGAGCCGAGAUUUACAAUUCAGUUGCCCUGCAGUGGGGGUGGGGGUGGGGGCCUUUCUAGAAGUCAACCAGGAAGGCCGGCCACAGCUGGCAGUGGGCCACCAAGGGGCACCCCUGGGUCAAGCCGGGUUCAGAAUCUGGAGAAGCCGCAGCACGAGGAGGGCUGGGAGUGAGGCCUGCUGGGAGCCCAAAAGAUCCUCCAAAGGGGGACGUUGAGUCUUGCCAACCGGGGAUGCCCACGUCAGCCAAAGGGCAGAGCUGCCUUAGCCAGGCUCUUCUCGGCUUCGCUUCCACAGGGGCGGAGAGGAUGGGGAGCCAAGCCCCUCCUGAGUCCAUCUCAAGAGGAGCAGCUGAGGAAGGCAAAGUUCCUCGGUGGUGGCCUGGGCAUUUCCCCUCCCCCCAACCUCCCAGGAACACCUCGGGUCAGGAAAGGCCUGGCGUUGGCUUGGCCAAAGGCCCACAGCCGCUUGUCCCUUGGGUAGGUUGCCAAGCUUCACCCAAAGCCCAGGCGGAGAGGAAAGAAGGCGCUGCAGCCAUCAACCCAGAGAACAAGAUGGCUGACGAAGAAGAUCCUGUUUUAUACCUGGCGGUCUCGUUAACCCUCAGCCCAAUCUAAAUAAAGAAUGCUC